CGCAGGCAGAGGGAUCGCCUUUUGAGCGUGGAGACGUAUUUCGGUCGUGGCGCCACGGUGCUCAUGCCGACUGAGUUAGACUCCGUCUAUGAUCCCGAGCCUGAUCCUAUGGCUCAGGACCAGAUGGAGGCGGAGCCGUGGUCCGAUCUAGAUGACCUGGUGGUGGACUUAGAGCCAGGAGGUUCUGAUGAGGACCGCGACGACGCUCCUCUCACGGAGAUGAUGCGUCCUCGGACGCGUGCUUCCAGUACAGGCAUUGUGCAGCCCCCCCUUCCACCUCGACCUUCGAGUGCUCGUGACGUUCCACUGCAAGGCCCCGAGGAUCGGAUUGAGGGCACGAUUUCACACCCUCCGAUAGAUUGUCGUGGACAUGACGAGCACGGCAGUCGGGGAGAUGCUGAGGAGGGAGACGACGAGGACUAUGGUGUCGGGAGGGGGUAUGAGUGCAACAGUGAGGACGAUGAUGAUCCCAGCUAUUCCCCAACACGCCGACAUGGUGAUGACGACGACGACGACGACGACGGCGACGGUACACAACCUGCAGAGGUCGCAACCUCCCCUGCUCAGUUUGCUGAGGUUGCAACCGGGUCUGCAAAGGUUGUUGCCUUAUCGACGGAGGUUGCAGGGGGGUCUGCAGAGGUUGCUGCCGCGUCUGCAGAGGUUGUUGCAGCGUCGGCAGAGACUGCAAUCGGGUCGACAGAGGUUGAUGGUGUGGCUGCAGAGGUUGGGAGGGCAUCUGCAUACGUGGGUGACAUCAGUAGCAGCAUGUUGCGGGAGGUAGCAGAGGAGACACAAGGUUCGUUGGGGCAGCAUGAGCAUGUAUUAGGGGAUGAUGGGGGUUGUCGACCUGCGCAUGAGCAAGUGCCAGAGUCGGACCAGGAGAGGACCGACGGCGAGGAGAGGGAAAGGGCGCUGGAGUUGGCCAGGCGUUGCGAGAUGACACAAAAUAUUGCGGCGAGUGCACGUGAAGAGCAGAUGCUCGAGACGGGUGAUGGUGCGGACCAUUGUACGGCGGAGGAUGCAGAGGUUGAGUGUGGCGAGGAGUUAGAGUGGCAGGCACGGGAGGACCCAUUGUGGGCAGAUCGACGCGGACAGAUGGAUGAGGCAUCCAGGAGGGUCAUGGCAAAGGGCCCCGCUUAUGUGUCGUGCAGCCCGUCAGUGCCAUCAUCUACCACAGAUUUCAUUCUGCCCACACAUGCCGAGGGUCCAGGCCCGACACCUAGUCGCACAUCGACACCUGCAGGGGAGUCUCCUUCUCCUAAGUCACGAAAGAAGAAGAUGAGAGCAAGAAAGGGUCUUAGUACUGUGAGGAGGGUGACCCACGAGAUGCUAGCGAGUCGGCCUGGGUUGGCCGGUUUACAUCCGCAGACUCGGGAGGCAUUGGGCGGGGACGUUGUCGCGGAUGCAGUAGGUUGGAGGGAGAGGACCUCUACCCGGGGGACGGAGCAGCCAAUGAGUGUACCUGCUGAGGCGGCGGUGCCACGUCCUAGAGGGCGGACUUCCACUACCGCUACGGAGGAGCACGACGAGCACAGUCGCGCCCCCGACAUGAGCAUGAUCGGACGUAUAUUGGGGUUGGAUGUGAGGGCAUUGACUCCGGAGCGAUCGUCACAAACACUCGUCGACUGGGAGUCGGGUAUGGACGAUUUGGAGAUGCCUAUUGACCAGCGGAAGAGGGUUUCCGUAUACGACCUUCUUCGAGCACGGGGCGAGGUCGAGGAGGCAGCACAGGGAGGGACUCAUGCUUCGGACACGGUGCACGGGCCGGUAGGUGGCACAAGUGGUGGGGAUGGUACCACUAGUGUGGCGCCGCAGAGGAGGAGGAAGGACAUUGUGGACGACGAUGAUGCUUAGUCUCACCAUUGGUCCACUCCCCAAUGACUCCUGUCCUCUAUUUCCUAGUAGUGUAUAGUACCUUUAGUACUUCUGAUGAGGUCAUGUGUUUAUAGGUGCAAUAUGUGCAGCUCGUCAUGACUGGAUGUGUAUUUGCAUCGAUGUUUCAUGAGAUUGCACAUUGUCUUCAUACUUAGGUGCAGUAGGUGCAAUUUUUGUUUGUUUUCGUUUUUUUUUUUCUAUUGAUGUUUCAUACGAUUGCACACUUUCUUCAAACAUAGGUGCAGUAGGUGCAGUUUUUACUGUUUUUGUUUUCUUUUUCGUUUUAUUUUUCUAUCGAUGUUUCAGACGAUUGCGCAUUUUCUUCAUAUAUUAUUUGACCGAGUUCACUCUCUAUGUUUUUUUUAUUGUGGUGUGUUUAUGGUGCAACUAUUUCGCCUUGUUUUCGUUGGCCCGUCAUGUUCCAGUUUCGAAAUUUCUGCAAUGAAUGUUACGUGAUACU